AUACAUACCCAAGGGUAAAUUUUCGUGUGUCACAGCUGCGAAGUUUGGGACUAGUGCUCAUUUUAAAGUGUUAAUAUAUGCAAAUCACAACUCGGCGUUGCCAUCUGGAGCAAUGUAACUGCGACUUGAUAUUUAUGAAUGACUUAGUCACUGUUAAGCACAUAUUGUACAUCUCCCACAUGGAAUAGACACCUAUCACCCAUUAGUGACUCAAAUAUGACAACAAUCUUUUACGCGGAACCCGAACUAGUCAUUGCGUACGGUCGCAAAGUGCUAUUUCUCAAUCCAAAUGACUUGCAAAUCUUUAAGGACAUCGAAUUGCCCGCUGACCUCACAUCAUGUGGACUCAAAAUUACAGCCCCCGAAAUAUCUGAGGAACAGCAGUCGACAAGCGAGGGAAAGGGAACUGAUGGCGGCAAAGUGGAGGUGGCCAUACUAAAUGUCUGCUACUCGCCCGACCGACAACUGAUCGCACUAACCACAGCCGGGCAAAAGGCGCUGCUCCUCUACAAGAGUCGACCAGAGCACGCGAAAUUGCUGUCGGUGCGCGCCUUGGCUCGUGCCUCGAGCGCAAUGACCUUCGCCGCUGACUCUAGCUCUGUGCUGGUCACGGACAAGACUGGCGAUUGCUAUCAGUAUGACUGUGUGGAGGUUAACGCAUUGCCACGGCUACUGCUGGGCCACCUGAGCAUCGUUUAUGACAUCCUGUGGACACCGGAUCAAAAACACAUUAUCACGUCCGAUCGGGAUGACAAAAUACGGGUAACGAAUUAUCCGGCCACAUUUGACAUACACAGCUAUUGUUUGGGCCACAAGGAGUUCGUCUCAGGCCUGGCGUUGCUCACCGAAGAGCACCUGUUGUCCGUCUCCGGCGACAAGACGUUACGUCUGUGGAAUUACCUAUCCGGCAUGGAGCUGCUGCAUCAUGACCUGCCCGCACCAGCUGUGCGGCUACAUAUGCGCGAACUGCUGCCAGCCAAGCGAUAUCAAGCAGCUGUCCAGUUCUAUGAUCACAUCGAAGCCAUUGGACUGUACGAACUGGAGCAAACAAACAACAUCUGGACAGUUGCCUGCGAGCAGCUAGUGCGCGCCGAGGCUGGCAGCUGGAACAUAAGCAAUUUUGCGCUAACCAGCGAUAUGAUCUACGUGGCAGGUGCUGUAAACGAGCACUUAGCAUUGCGCGUCUACAACGCCAGCGAUGGCGAGCAGGCCAAGACGGUGCCGGCGGGUUGGUUGGACAUGGUCACCGGCAGCUUUUCCGACCAGACCUGCGUCCCCGAGGAUUUGUCUGUGUGGUUUAAGAAGCGCUACGACAACGUCAGCGACUACAUGGAACGCAAGAAACGUCGCAUCGAAGGUCAGCAGCAAAAGUAAUGCAGCUCCGCAUCGUAUUUGUCUUAAUCUAAGAAUUUAUGUGUAAUAUAUAUGUUAAAUGUUAAGCGAGGCAACGCGAAAUUCGCCGUUUCUGUUUAUUCCGUAGCACAACAAAACUCAUAAAGCACAAAACGAAAGAUUUCCAAAAUAUUAAUAAACUGUACAAUUACCAAAAAA